AUGGAAAACCAGACAGUAAGUGAACUGAACCAAACACAGCUUCAGCCUCGAGCCGUGGUGGCCCUAGAAUACCAAGUGGUCACCAUCUUCCUUGUGCUCAUUAUCUGUGGUCUGGGCAUCGUGGGCAACAUCAUGGUAGUCCUGGUGGUCAUGAGAACCAAGCACAUGAGGACGCCCACAAACUGCUACCUGGUGAGUCUAGCAGUAGCUGAUCUCAUGGUCCUGGUGGCCGCAGGCCUCCCCAACAUAACGGACAGCAUCUAUGGUUCCUGGGUUUAUGGCUACGUCGGAUGCCUGUGCAUUACUUACCUCCAGUACUUGGGCAUUAAUGCAUCCUCUUGUUCAAUCACAGCGUUUACCAUUGAGAGGUACAUAGCAAUCUGUCACCCCAUCAAAGCCCAGUUUCUCUGCACAUUUUCCAGAGCCAAAAAGAUCAUCAUCUUUGUCUGGGCUUUCACAUCCAUUUACUGUAUGCUGUGGUUCUUCUUGCUGGAUCUCAAUAUUAGCACCUAUAAAGAUGCUAUUGUGGUGUCCUGUGGCUACAAGAUCUCCAGGAAUUACUACUCACCUAUUUACCUAAUGGACUUUGGUGUCUUUUAUGUUGUUCCAAUGAUCCUGGCCACUGUCCUCUAUGGAUUCAUAGCUAGGAUCCUCUUCUUAAAUCCCAUUCCUUCAGAUCCUAAAGAAAACUCUAAGACAUGGAAAAAUGACUCAACCCAUCAGAACAAGAAUCUGAAUUCAAAGACCUCUAGUAGAUAUUUCAACAGCACAGUAUCUUCAAGGAAGCAGGUCACCAAGAUGCUGGCAGUGGUUGUCAUUCUGUUUGCCCUUUUAUGGAUGCCCUACAGAACUCUUGUGGUUGUCAACUCAUUUCUCUCCAGCCCUUUCCAAGAAAAUUGGUUCUUGCUCUUUUGCAGGAUUUGCAUUUAUCUCAACAGUGCCAUCAACCCAGUGAUUUACAAUCUCAUGUCCCAGAAAUUCCGUGCAGCCUUCAGAAAGCUCUGCAACUGUAAGCAGAAGCCAGUGGAGAAACCGGCUAACUACAGCGUGGCCCUCAAUUACAGCGUCAUCAAGGAGUCAGAUCAUUUCAGCACAGAGCUUGAUGACAUCACUGUCACUGACACUUACUUGUCUGCCACGAAAGUGUCUUUUGAUGACACCUGCUUGGCUUCUGAAAUAACCGUUAGCCAAAGUUGAUUCAUGGAGUAGAAGAAAAUGGAUGAUAAAGAAAAUGAGAAUCUGUGCAGUUAUCAACCCAAGAGAGGAAAGAGCCAAUACUCGUAUGUGACGACAGAGCAGAUAAAGUCCUCGCCAGUGCUCUAACACAUACUGCCCCAAGACACUUUAACCCAUUAGAAUGAUUCACAGCUUCCUUCUCGUAUCAAGAAAAUGUAUAUCAUAG